AUGUUAUCACAAAAAAAAAAUAGAAGAUUUGUGCCAAAUCAGCAAGCUGAUAAUUUUUAGAUCAUAGAUGGAAGAAUGGAAGUUGAAUCUACCCUUUAUAAUGAUUAUAUAAAAAGUAAGUAAAGUUUAAAAGCUAAUAGAAAAGAAGUCAGAUAAUUUUGAGAACUUUGACAAACUAUGCACUAUAGAAAAUUUGAAUUAUACCUAGAUUUGUAACAAAGAAGGCAUGGUAUUAGAAGAGAACUUAUAAUCACCAUAAAGAAAGUCUUUAUAAAAUACGAGAACAACCUGUAAUAGAGUUUUGAGAAUGAAGCAAUAAUACAAUAAAUAGCACAAAAGUAAAAGUUUGAUUGAUGCUGUCAAUUUCAUUUAAGGAAUUGCAAAAAUUCGUCGAAGAAGUGAGUAUGACAGAGGUAGUGAGAAAUAAGUAAAAAAAUAAUAUAUAUUUAGGUCAGACUUUCAACUCUCUAUCCAACUACAAAUGUAGCUUAGCAUUUACAAAAAAAAGCUUUUAGGUAGAAUGAAAUGAGAAAGAAAUCAAUUUUUAAAAGAAUGUCAAGUAUUUUAAUAAAACAUUCAAACAAUAUCAAAACUCAAAGUAUUUUAGGAGUAUCAUAAUUACAAAAAUUAGAUGAAUCUCCUACAAAGUAAGAAGAGAGAUCUCCGACAUACAUUAUAAAAUAAUUUGAGUUAUAAUUGGGUUAAAUGAAAGAAUCUUAAGAACUUUUUGUAAAUAUCUAGAAUUCAGAAAAGUAUAUCCAAUUUUAAGAAGAAUUAAAAAGAUAUUCUUAAUCUCUAAAUAAUUCUCCAUUUUCAAAAAGAAUUUUAAAGAAGCCAUAAAAUGAAUAUAAUUCAGAGUAACCAAAAGUUGUUUUGAAUUUGAGUAAAAAGCAGAGAAAAACUUUUACUUCCAUUCAAAAUUAUGUUAAUGAAAGAUAGCAAAGUAUUUAAGCCAAUUCAAUAGCUAAGAUGAUAAAUUAAGUUUAAUUUUAAUUUUAGUAACUAUAAAGCCUCACAGAAACUGAUAGUUCAUCUCCAAUUAAAUUAAAAAAUGCAAUCACUAAUAAAAAAUUAAAUCAUAUCAAAUCAUUAUCUAAUCUUCCAGAUAUUAAAGAGACACUGACUUAAAGAUCAAUAAAUAAUAGGAAUUUAAAAACAUCAGAGAAAGUCAAGAAUGUGUACAUUUUUAGUCCAUUAAAGAAAAAAGCUCUAUUUGAAAAAUUAAAAUUGUGA